GUGUUUUCCUCUCCUACGUGGAUCCUAAAGAUCAUCUACGUGGACGGUGAGGAGAAUAUCGACGUGGACAUUGCCAACUUCCAGAAAAAUCUCGGAUACAUCGAGCGCAACUGUUUAUAAAUGUUUAAUAAAUAGUUGUAAUUAUUGAAAAUAAAACCUCAUAAUGGCGCACAAAGUGCAACGUAUACCGGACGAGGUAGAGCUUGAGACGAUAGCUCUAGCUGAACUUUCAAGAUUGAAAAGGCAGUAUAGGAUAAUGGAGAAUGAUCGAGAUGCUUGUUCAAAGGAUGCGAAAUUACAACUGCACAAUCAAAAGAACAUGAUUGAUCGUUUGGAGUAUGAAAAAGCGGAGCUCGUUAUUCGUAUUAAAACUGCAACCUCGAAAACGUUUGCUCGUAAAGAUAAAGAAAUGGAUGAAAAACUAAAGUGUACUUUAACAAUGCAAACAAAAUAUGAUGAAAUGAUAAGGACAGAGAAACAGGAAAUAGUAGAGCUCGAUAAUGAAAUCCACAAGUUAUCAAACGAAAUUGCCAGUCUGAAAACAAAAAUUAAGAGCGACAUCCAACUGAGGGAUAUAGCUAUACGACAAGAUAAGAUAAUUCAUAUAUUGGAAAAUCGACUUGAAGUAGCAACGAAAAGAUUUAAUAUUGCAGUUUCUCAAAAUACGAAACUUCGAAACGAAAUCGAAGACAUGCUGAAGGAAAGAAUGCAGUUCACAGCACUUUGGAAUAAAUUAAUUAAUCAGUUGAACACUGGAAAGCAAAUUAUCAAUGAUUUAAUAGAACAAGCUACCAUCGCGUUCAAUCAACGAGAUGAAGAAUUGAACAAGAUUCAAGCUCUUCGUGAAAGGGGAUUAAGAGAUCUAAAAACACACGUCUCAGAAAUGUGCGAAUUACAAAGGACGAUGGAUAAUGAAAUGAAAUUGCAAGAAUUUCUUGGUGUGAAAGGACAAUAUCGUGAAAUGGCUGAUUUGAAUGCAAAACGUGCUGCUGAGAGGAAAGCAAAAAUAGAAGAAAAACAAAAUAUGAUUGAGGAUUAUAAACAUAUUUUACAAAUGAUUAAAGAAUUCAUUGGUGAGCAAGAUAUUGACAAACUCAUAGCACACUUUAUCAAACAAGAGGAAGAAAACUUUGCUUUAUUCAGUUAUGUGAAUGAAUUGAACGAUGAACUAGAGAGUCUCCAAUUAAGAAUGGCUCAGUUGACAACGGCUAUACAAAAUGCACAUAUUAUGAAUGAACUUAGUAAUCGAGAACAGGCAGAAACAUUAGAGAAACUCAAAAAAGAACUUGAAGAUCAAACCGCUCUCGCUGAUGCAGCUGAAGAAAAUCUAAUACAGUGUGAUGAUGUAAUAGAGAAAUUAUUAAAAGGAAUAGAUUCUCUCUUUAAAGCGAUUCGUUGUGACAAUUCUCCGAUUUUACAACUAUUAGGUGAUCAUGAACAGAUAACAACGAGCAAUGUUAUGUUAUAUUUAGGUAUCAUUGAAAAACGUAUUACGCAAAUGUUCCACAAAGUAUAUUGGUUGGACAAAGCUACCAAAACGCAAUAUCUACGACUGGAUGAAGAAAGAAAACCCAGAUUAAAAGUACCCCAUAUUGAACAAAUCGCCUCUACCCAACCUUGUGCCUUAUGUGUUGAAAAAGAAAAAUUACAAAUCGUAUCCGAAGGUUUGGAACAACCAUUAACGCGCAAUGAAGCUACUAAAAAGUUGAAGCAAAGACUCGAAGAAGAUUACUCGGAACUCCUACAUAAUAUAUCUAGUUGCCAUUUACCGGCAGCUAGAAAAAUCAUACAAAAGCGAUAUCAAUAAAAUGGUAUCAGAAAGCCCGUAAAUUGGGUACACAAUCAUUAACAUUUACGAAGUAUGUACAAGGUAAUUGGCUGCAUCCUCAAUAUAAUAAUGCAACUCUCAAAACUAGUCUCCCGUAAAUUUUCAUCUAUUCCUUUAGUAACAGUAGUAAGAUACUUAUCAGUAUAUAUAUUUUUUAUUUCUCUAGAAUAUUUAUUUACAAGUAGUAAUUUCAAGUAAAAUGAUUCUCUUACUUUGUCG